AUGGGUGCAGUUACACAAUAUUCCUCUGGUUGGGAUGAACAAGCAGUAUGGAAAAUUAAUUGCUUCUGGGAUAGGGAAGGUCUAGGAUGGGGUCAUUUCAAACAAGUGAUGGAAGUUCUUUCAGCAAACCAACUCUUAGCUAAGUUAUCUAAGUGCACCUUUGGGGUGCCUGAAGUGGAGUAUUUGGGGCAUGUGGUGUUAGGGGAAGGUGUUAAGGCAAAUCCUAAUAAAGUGGCUUUUAUGUUAGAGUGGCCAACCCCUACUAAUUUAAAGGCACUACAAGGGUUCUUAGGAUUGAUGGGGUAUUACAAAAAGUUCAUUAUGAACUAUGGCCUAAUAGUUGCACCCCUCACCGCUCUUCUCAAGAAAGAUGCAUUUACUUGGUCUCCCGAGUCAACUGUGGCAUUUCAAUAG